AGAGAAGCCUAGGGUGGGCGGGGCUUCCGGAGCGGGCGGAGCGCGCGGGAGAUCUCGCAAGGCGGCUGAGCCUGCAGGCGGUCCAAGUUAACAGCAAGCACAUUGGAAUCUGUUGUCAUCCCUGUGUCUCGCUGGAAGUUUUUCAUGCUCGUGGUGAACCCACUGAGGAAAUGGACUUGGAUCAACUGGACCUAAACCCCAGAAUUACUGCUGCAAUUAAGAAGGGUAGACUCAAGUCCGUGAAGGAGGUUCUGUGCUACUCGGGCCCAGACUUGCAGCGGCUCACCAGCCUGCCCACGCACGAUGUGCACCACCUGCUCAAAGUGGCCUCCCGACACCUUCAGGGUGGCCGUGUCCUUACAGCGCUGCAGCUGUUCCAGCAGAGGGAGAGCUUCCCGGAGCAGCAUGGGCGCCUGAGCCUGGGCUGCCCGGUCCUGGAUCAGUUCCUGGGUGGCGGCCUGCCCCUGGAGGGGAUCACCGACCUGGCUGGCCGCAGCUCGGCCGGGAAGACGCAGCUGGCGCUUCAGCUCUGCCUGACCGUGCAGUUCCCACGACAGUACGGAGGCCUGGAGGCUGGGGCCGUCUACAUCUGCACAGAGGAUGUCUUCCCCAGCAAGCGGCUGUGGCAGCUCAUUGAACAGCAGCAGCAGCUGCGGACAGAUGUGCCUGGGGAGGUGGUCCAGAAGAUCAGGUUCGGCAACCACAUCUUCGUUGAACAUGCGGCCGACGUGGACGCCUUGCUGGAGUGUGUGAGGAGGAGGGUCCCCAUUCUGCUCUCAAGGGGAAUGGCCCGUCUGGUGGUGGUCGACUCUGUCGCAGCCCCCUUUCGCUGUGAGUACGAUGCUCAGGCCUUGGCCACCAGGGCCAAGCGCCUGCAGUCACUGGGGGCCGCGCUCCGAGGUCUGAGCAGCACCUUCCGGAGCCCUGUGCUGUGCGUCAACCAGGUGACAGAAAUGGCGGAGGAGUCCACGCCCAGGCCCCUGGGGGCCUGGGAUGAGCACCUCUCGCCAGCCCUGGGCAUCACCUGGGCCAACGAGCUCCUGAUGAGGCUGAUGGUUGACCGGGCGCAUGAGGCGACCCCCGCCGCGGGGGGCCUGCCCCGAAGCCCGGCUCGGACCCUCCGAGUGCUCUUCGCCCCGCACCUGCCCCUCUCCUCCUGUCGCUACACUGUCGGUGGGGAAGGCAUUAGAGGGGUGCCAGGAACCGAGUCCCGCUGACGGGGGCGCCAGAGGAGCACCUGACCAGGUCCCAGGAACCCCUGGUUCUGAUGAGUCCUUCCAACAGUGUCGGCGGCACCGGUGACCAGAUGGACACCCAGACCACUGGAAAACCCAGCUCUUUGCAUUAUGAUUCAUAACAGUACCAAAAUUAGGUGUGGAGCAGCAGUGAAGUGACUUUAUGGUUGGGGUCACCAAGACACGAAGACGGAAUUUAAGGGUCGCAGCGUCAGGAAGGUGGGAAAUCACUGGUUUAGAGGGUGAAUGGCCAACCCGGGGCCCUGGCAGUCUGAGGGUGUCUGCGUGGGAACCCCAGAAUGACCAGGCUCAGCUCUUGCCUCUUGUGCUUUCUGCCCGGGGCUGAGUCAGCAGCUGGUCUGGUGGGGCCGCCUCCUGCAGGGUGGUCUCAACCCACAAACAGGCAGGGAUGCUCACCACUCAGGCCAGCAGGGCACGCAGUGAGGGACUUCCUGCUGUGCCCUCCCCACACAUACACAGCAUGGUGGGGCAGAGGAGAAGAAAAGCUGACCUCGGGCCCUGCUUCCAGAACAGUCUCGGGGAAGGAGGUAGGACUGUCCUAGCCUGGCUGCUUCAGGCUGAGCAGCUUCCAGCCACUUAAGAGAGACAGCAGGAAACGGGUCUGUGUGUCCUUGCCGAGGCCUGGCUAAGUACAUCCAGCAACUCUGGCUUGGUAGUACGUCCAGGCUGGGGGCACCACGAGCAUGCCACAGGACUAUGGACACGCUCAGCAGAAGGCACCUCCUGGUGACAUCUGCUCUGGACCCCAGGAUCACCACUUCUGGACUUGAGGCUCUACAGUCACCAAGGACUGUGGCCUCUGGAGACAGGGGUGUGGCUUUGAUCCCUCCUGGCAGCACAGGCCUCCACCGGCAAAUGUGCCACGUAGACCCACAGGGACGGGGCCUCACCAAGGAGUGCCGUUGCUCCAGUGGCGGGUGACUCCAGUCACUGUCCCCAAGACGUCUCCAGCAGAGCCCGCCCUGCAGGGAGCUCCAAACCUUCAAAGCUACCUGCGGCCCCCACCCCUUUUUUGGCAGUUCUGGAGACUGAACCUAGGGUCUCCCCUGCCCAGCCCCACCUGCUGUCUGGAAGGCUGAGGACACCGCCUGAGUGAUGGACACAGCUGCUUGGGGGGGGAGUGGUUCAUACAAAACAGCCUCUCUGCAAAACUGGAGGGCUUCGUAUCAGAAAUAAAACUAUUUUUAUAACAAGUA